AUGCGUGAUGCUCAGCCAGUUCUAACACAGAUGGUCAUUUCUCCGAAGGUUAACAAAGAUGGAGGGAACCCAUUAAAAGAUGUUCAAUUAUAUAAGAGCGUUAUUGGAGCUCUUCUAUAUUUAAAUCACAAGCGACCCGACAUUGCAUAUAGUGUCAACCGUGUCGCCCAAUACAUGCAUGCGCCUUGCACUCAACAUUGGGCGGCCGUGAAACACAUCUUGCGUUACUUGUAUGGGACACUUUAUUAUGGUUUAGUAUUUUUCAAGGCUGGAUUGGGCUUACACUUGGUAGCUUUUAUAUAUGUUAAUUGGGCAAUCAAUGUCGAUGAUCGUCAUUCGAUAUCUGCUUUCUGUGUCUUUCUUGGAGUUAAUCUCGUGUCUUGGGGUUCCAAGUGUCAACGAUCGGUCUCUCGGUUGACUACUGAGGCUGAAUACCGUGCGUUUGCUGAUGUUGUGGCCGAUGUUGUUUUGGAUUCAAGCCUUGUUGAUAGAUAUGGGGAUUUUGUCCUUAAGAACUCCCUUUAUUUAGAGUGA